AUGGCAAGAACAAGAACGAUGGAGACAGCAUUGGAGGUGUACAAUGAGGUUGAGAUGGGAUCACCAGAGGCAGAGACACAACCACCGAUCAAGCGACGCAAGAAGAAGUCAAAGGUGUGGGAGAACUUCACGAUAAAGAACACAGAACCUGGUUGCAGAAGAGCUGUCUGCAACGGAUGCAACCAGAGCUUCGCGUACAGCAGCGGGACCAAAGUAGCUGGCACUAGCCACCUCAAGCGUCACAUUGACAAAGGCACUUGUCCUGCGCUCUUGAUAAUGACUUGUUGGUUCUUGUCAGCAGCUGAAUCCUAUUACUCGGUGGCUUCUCCUUGA